AUGGCCUUUGAGACCAUUGAGGAGAAACUGAGCAAUAGAAAGCAAACAAUGUGCUAUCUGGUUGACAAUAAAACAAACGUGCUGGAAUUGGAAAACCACAAGACGAAGAUUCAACGUGCUCGACUAAAUCAGCGUCCACUGGUGGGCGCUCUUUUGCUGCUUCUCUGCUUUGGUGUGUUCCUGUGUCUGCGAUGUCUCAGCAACACUCCUCUUGUCAAUCAAUAUGGCAUCCUGCGUGCCACAAUUGCGGAAUCCAAAAUAGAGGACUCUAAUAUACGAAGCAUCUUGCUCUGGACCAGCUUUUUUGGUGAUGAGCGUUGGAAGCUAUCGAAAGAUACGUUGGAGCCGGAACAAUUUCGGGAUCUGCUACAUUGUCCGAUCCAUCAGUGUCUGAUUAGCAACCGCCGUGACUUGUUGCCCAGCAUUGAAGACUACGAUGCCAUCGUAUUCCAUGUUGCCGAACCAUUUUCGCUGCUUCAUUCUGUACCUGCACGACGUAAGGCGCAUCAGGCAUAUGUAUUUGCCCUGAUGGAGCCGCCUGGUGAGACGAAACACCGACUGAGCGAUGAGCGCUUUUUCUACAACCUAACCAUGACCUAUCGGCUCGACUCAGACAUUGUCUGGCCCUAUUCGGAACUAGUCGAAAUGGAUACAGGUACAUUGGUGGCGCCUACUGCGGAGCCCCAUUGGCGUACACCGCCUGCCAACUGGCAUGAUGCGGCCGCGUGGCGUCUUUGGUUGGGCAAAACGAAAAUGGCCGCCUGGUUUGUCUCGCAUUGUGACACGCUGUCGCAGCGUGAGGGACUCGUCGCUGCGCUACAGCAACAACAGAUUGCAGUGGACAUUUUUGGCAAGUGCGGGCCACUGAGCUGCGAGCUUGGCGAUGCCCACUGCGGUGACAUGCUGGAUACGGACUACAAAUUCUAUUUUGCCUUUGAGAAUUCCCUAUGCACGGACUAUGUGACAGAGAAGCUGUAUCGGGCGCUCCAGCACUAUGUUAUCCCAGUAGUAUUUGGGGGAGCCAAUUACACUCGCUUCCUGCCUCCUUAUUCGUACAUCGAUGCCGAAAACUUUAAAAGUGUUGAUGACUUGGCGCGCCACUUACAGCUCGUAGCCAAUGAUGGACGGGAAUAUGUGAGAUACUUCUGGUGGAGGCGUUACUACCAACUGACAUAUAUUUCGCCCUUCUGCGCGCUUUGUGCUCACCUACACAGCCCGGGAGCGCGGUAUAGGACACAGUUCUAUGACAACAUAGAGGCUUGGUGGCUCAACAGUUGCCGCUUCCAUACGAACAUUCGCUUCUGAGAGCGUACACACAUGAAAGUGAAAGAGACGAAUGCACAGAAUAUGCCACAAAGCGAGAAAGUACGAGCAACCAUGAGAAAAACUAUAUCAAAACUUAAACUGAUUUGAAUAUGAGGCUAAAUCGCAAUAAGUUUAGGAAUUAUUUAAGUUUCUACAGCCCCCAAAUUGUUUAAAUGUUCACAUAUUUAAAUGCACCACUUUGUUAGGGAUUAUUGUAUUUGUUAUGAGUGUAUUACAAAGAUAGUACAAAUAUAGGGCAGAAGUGAUACUAAUAUAUUUCGCAUAUUCAGCAAUAAUUUAAGGCUGACCGACCCAUACAUAUCACAACUAAUUGUCACAAAAGCAAUACCUCAAUAACCAUAAAUUACUGGACUCAUCAAUAAACAGGAAAUCCACACGAUUCCAUGGUGGAUUCAAUCGUACUCUGAACCAUAAAAUUUGUAAUAUAAGAUAUAAAAGAAUAUUUUGUAUAUUAAAAAAUUGAUAUUGGAAGAACAUUUUUGUUAUCCACUCAAAAUGUCAUAGUUUAAAAUA